AUGGGUAGGUUCUGCGUGAGGUUGGGUGAUAUGGAGAAGGAGCAAUCCUCCGGACCACCGUCUCUGAUGACGUCACUUCACGAAGACAUCAUCAUUGACAUCUUAGCGCGAGUAUCGAGAUACAACUAUCCAACUCUUUCCCUAGUUUCUAAACACUUCCGAUCACUCGUUGCGUCGCCUGAGAUAUACGCGAGGCGAUCAUUGUUAGGUUGCACCAAACACUGUCUCUAUGUUCUCCUCUAUAACAGCAAAAUCAGUGAUGACCGUUGGUAUAUUCUCCGAAAUCGCCGCUUGAUUCUUAUCCCUUCGCUUCCCGCUAUGCCUUAUGGUGCUGUAAGCUUGGUAGGUGUAGGCUCGACGAUAUAUGUGUUUGGCAGGAUUAACAAUUUGACAAUGAGUGCGUUAGCCAUCGAUUGUAUAUCUCACACGUCGAAACCUCUCACCAGCAUACCUGCGCCCAUGUGUAAUACAAUCGCUGACAUCAUCGAUGGAAAGAUAUAUGUUAUUGGAAACAACUAUUUUGAUGCCCGCUGGAAGAAGGUGAUGGUGGUGUUCAAUACAGAAACACAAAAGUGGGAGGAGCCUAGGGUUAUAAAGGCAGGCAUUGAUUAUAAUUAUGGCUGUGUGGCGAUGGCUGAUACGCUGUACAGGAGGGAUGAUGAUAACAGCUUUGUUUACGCUCCAAAGGAAAAUAAAUGGGAAAUAGACGAGAUGCUGAACCUAAAGGAUUGGGAGAAUGCUUGUGUCGUCGAUGACGUAUUGUACUACUUUGAUUGUAGUGAGAACAAUUUAAGAAAGUAUGAUCCAAAGAAGAGGUGUUGGGGAGUGGUUUUUAAGUAA